AUGGUUCAAAUUACUGAAGAGCCUUCAAAGGACCAACUUCAGAAGACAAUUACAGCCGCCAGCAAUGCCGCUGGGAAUAUUAUAAGCCUCGAUGCUUUGAAGGAAAUCGAUGAGGAACAAGCUUUCACUCUCUACUUCAUCUUUCUUUUCGCCUUCCUGAACGCCACAUCAAGCGGGUUUGAUGGCAGUCUGAUGGGGUCAAUCAACGCUGAAUCACAAUACAAGAACUUCUUCCACCUUAAAGAAACCGGAUCUUCAACGGGGCUUGUCUUUAUUCUGUACAAUGCUGCUUCAAUGAUCGGCUGUGCAUUUGGGAUGCAAUCAGGUUGUCUCUUCACACUCGGUGGUGCAGUUCUAGCUUCAGCAGCCCAGACUCUACCCCAAUUCAAAGCUUCACGAUUCUUGCUUGGAUUCGGCAUCAUUCUCCAGACGCUCUCAGCUCCCGUCUACGUAACAGAAAUUAUUCCCCCGCAAUGGAGAGGGAGACUAGGAGGAUACUACAACACAUUCUACUUCACUGGAUCGAUUACCGCAACUGGAGUCGUGUAUGCUACAUCUCAGUAUACAAGCACUCUGGCCUGGAGACUCCCCUUGGCGCUUCAAGUCAUCCCUCCUUUCAUCGUCUUCAUUGGUUGCUUUUUUAUUCCGGAAUCACCCCGUUGGCUGGCAUCGAGAGAUCACAUGGACAAAGCCGCCAAGAUCAUCUAUAAGUAUCACGGCGGCGAGGACAACGAGGUUGCCAAGUUGGAGAUCAGAGAGAUUGCGCUACAUGUGAAGCUUAGCAAGCCUCAAACUCCGGGUGAGUAUAUCAGAGGACUCUGGGACUACAGAGAAUUGUUUAACUCGCACUCUGCUAGAAGAAAGCUAUUACUCACAUUCAUGUCUUCCAUCGUUUCGUGCUCAGGAGCAGUCAUCGGCUCCGCAACAAACGACUGGAUCCUCCGCCGCACCAGAUUCGUCUACGGUUCCUUCUCCCUCGCCGCAGCCCUCUCCCUCGUAGCCGCCAUGUCGUCCCAAGUAGCAACCGCCACCGCCCAAGGCCACAUCCCCUCAAAAGCUAUCUCGGGCGUCGGGAUCUUCUCCAUCUUUCUCUUCGGGUGGAUAUUCAGCUUUGUGUACACGCCUAAUCAAUCACUGUACUGCACCGAAGUUUUAAACCAAGAAAUCAGAGCAAAGGGAAUCUCGUUGCAUGCGUUGGAGAGUAAUCUUGCUACUAUAUUGUUCACGUAUACUACAAGUAUUGCGUUGGGGGAUAUUAGUUGGAAAUACUACUUUGUCUGGAUCUCCGUCGAUUUUGUAGCCGGAAUCCUAUGGUUCUUCUUCGGCGUUGAGACAGUAGGACGCACGAUCGAAGAGCUGGACGCUUGUUUUGAGGCGAAAUUCCCUCCUAAAGCGUCUUGGAAACGCACGAAGAUUGUGAGGGAUGAGAAUGAGGAGUUGGGUGUUCAGGUUGUGGAUAUGGGGGCUUGA